AUGAACCGCUAUCCUCCGGCCCCGACACGGAAACGCGACCGCAACAUCCUCGACGAUGCCCCUUCGGACCUUGAAUCCCAGGACCCAGCCCUGCAGCGCCAAUACCAGCGAUCCGAGCCCCACCAUGACGAGGAGAUGCAGUCGCGUGUCAAGGAUGUUGUUCGCUAUGCGCUCUUUCAGAUGACUCGACAGCCACAGCCGCUCAGCCAGCUCCGCACGCCGAGCACCUCCAAAAGUGCGUCGCCUUCCUCGAUCAACGGCCGACAUGUGUGUUGCCCAUGCCCGGGCUGCGCUCUUUGA